AUUGGCAAGAUACACAUCAAUCGAAAAUGACUAGUCGUUCACAACAUACCGCAUAAUGUAACACAAGGCAUCUAGUAUUUGGGUAAAGAAAGGUUUCAGUUCUCUUAUGUGCGCGACCCUUGCUGAGUUCAGUUGUACAACCAGAAGACGUUUUAAUGUUCUUUUCAGUCGUUUUUAGUGGAUCCUGAAAUCCACUCUAAAGUGGGAGGAGUCAGGUCAAAUUAAAAUCCCAAAUGGGGGUGACCUCACAACUGUGAAAUGCAUAGAAAAGGAAUUCAAUAAGCGGCAGCCCAUACAGCACAUAUACGUUACACGGGGAGUCUUUUGCCAUACUGACGCAUGCGCAUGUGAUUUACUCAUCCCAAGUACUUGUUUGAAACUACACGGAGAAUCUCCACGUUGGAGUCAAGUAUGAAUGUUAUGCACGGUGAUAUAUCCGUUGUUUGUUUUAACUAACAGGGGUGGUCUAAACAGUUUGCCAAGAGGGGUAUAUUUUUGACCGUUCAGAUGCCUUUUGUUUUGGGCCAUUUAAGGAUUUCCCCCCACAAAUUUAAAGUACAAAGUCGUAGUUAAAAUGCUGAAUAUUGCCAGCUGGGACCCACUACACAACUAUGUGGGAGAGUACUUGGACUUGGUUGAGUCUUUGCCUUUCGACCUACAAAGAAACGUGUCUCUUAUAAGAGAAAUGGACUUCAAAUACCAAGAGCUCCUCAAAGAGUUAGAUGAGGCCUAUGAGAAACAUGGCCUGGAAGAAGACCCUAUCCAGCAAAGGCGUUUGCUGCACUUUAUCCAAAGAGCCCUUAUCCGAAGUCAGGAGCUGGGCGAUGAGAAGAUCCAACUCGCUAGUCAGAUAGUGGAGAUGGUGGAGAAUCGUAUCCGGCAAGUGGAGAAUCUUUCUGAGCUUCUGGAAGCCCGACAUGAAUCCCAUGAAAGUGUGACAGCUACUACCACAUCUUCCAAACAAAGAGAGGAAUCCCUUGGUUCCAUAGAUAGGCUUUCUGGGGCUAACAAACGCUCCAGACGUCAGAAAAACAAUAAUGAAAUUCAGGAGAACAUUGCCACAGUUCACCAUGAUGAAGGGAUCACUGAUGGCAUUGCCAGGGAGAAGCGGAACAAAACCUCAAAGAAGAAAAAACGGUCCAAAGCCAAAGCUGACAGAGAGCCUUCACCUACAGCUUUACCUAUUGAUCCGAAUGAGCCUACUUACUGCUUGUGUGAGCAGGUGUCAUUUGGAGAGAUGAUUGGUUGUGAUAAUGAUGAAUGUCCAAUUGAAUGGUUCCAUUUUUCAUGUGUUGGGCUUAAUCACAAACCCAAAGGAAAGUGGUACUGUCCAAAAUGUAGGGGAGACACAGAGAAAACCAUGGACAAGGCCUUGGAAAAAGCAAAAAAGGAGAGGCUAUAUAAUAGGUAACCCAUAAUGGCUGACCUCAUAAUAACUGAUCAUAUUUAUACUUUUUCUGUUUCAUCUGGAGACACCUAUCAGAUGAUCGCUUAGGAAGUAUCGUCCAAGUGGUUGAAAUCCUUUUUUUUUUUUUUUUUCCAAAAAGCAUUUAAGUAAAAUAUAGAUUUUUCAUUUGAAAACUGAAUAAGUCUAGUCAUGUGGUAGGUUGUAUUGGUUUUGUGAAUAACCACUCUUUGUUACUCGCAUGCAGCAUGUGGCUAAUGUAUGAGAAGAGAGUUAUAAAAAGCUUUCACAUACAAUAAACAUCUUUGAAUAA